GGGCGCGGUGACCGCGCUUCUCCUGGAGGCGGACGUCAGGGCGCUGAGGUUAGUUGACUAAAAGGCCGUCUCUGCAGCCGGCGCAGCCCCUGAGACUCGGCCGGACCGCUGUCGCCGCCGCCAUGGCUCAGUACAAGGGUGCCGCGAGCGAGGCGGGCCGCGCCAUGCACCUGAUGAAGAAGCGGGAGAAGCAGCGCGAGCAGAUGGAGCAGAUGAAGCAGAGGAUCGCGGAGGAGAACAUAAUGAAAUCCAACAUUGACAAGAAGUUCUCUGCGCACUACGAUGCCGUGGAGGCGGAGCUCAAGUCCAGCACCGUGGGUCUUGUGACGCUGAACGACAUGAAGGCGAAGCAGGAGGCCCUGGUGAAGGAGCGGGAGAAGCAGCUGGCGAAGAAGGAGCAGUCGAAGGAGCUGCAGCUGAAGCUGGAGAAGCUGCGCGAGAAGGAGCGCAAGAAGGAGGCCAAGCGGAAGAUCUCCAGCCUGUCCUUCACCCUGGAGGAAGAAGACGAGGCAGGCGAGGAGGAGGAGGAGGCGACCAUAGACGAGGAGGAGCUGGAGAGGGAAGAGAUCACCGCAAAGAAGAGGAAACUGGGGAAGAACCCAGAUGUGGACACGAGCUUCUUGCCUGACCGAGACCGGGAGGAGGAGGAGAAUCGGCUCCGGGAGGAGCUACGGCAGGAGUGGGAAGCCAAGCAGGAGAAGAUCAAGAGCGAGGAGAUCGAGAUCACCUUCAGUUACUGGGAUGGUUCUGGGCACCGGCGCACAGUCAAGAUGAAAAAGGGCAACACGAUGCAGCAGUUCCUGCAGAAGGCCCUCGAGAUCCUGCGCAAAGACUUCAGCGAGCUCAGGUCGGCAGGGGUGGAGCAGCUCAUGUACAUCAAGGAGGACCUAAUCAUACCCCACCACCACAGCUUCUAUGACUUCAUCGUCACCAAGGCGCGAGGGAAGAGCGGGCCCCUCUUCAAUUUCGACGUUCACGAUGACGUGCGGCUGCUCAGCGACGCCACCGUGGAGAAGGAUGAGUCGCACGCGGGCAAGGUGGUGCUGCGGAGCUGGUACGAGAAGAACAAGCACAUCUUCCCUGCCAGCCGCUGGGAGCCCUACGACCCUGAGAAGAAGUGGGACAAGUACACGGUACAGAAGCCCUCGAGCGCUGAGUGGGAGCCGGCCUGGCUGCGCGGCGGGAGGCCCGCCCGGCCCUGCUCAGCUCGCUUUUCCUUCUCUGUGCCCCGGUCCUGCGCCAGAUCCGGUGACGGGGCAGCAGCGCGGCCCCAGCUCCUCCGGCUCCCUGCGGCCCCCUCCCUACGUCCCCAGGAUUCCGGGCGCCCGGCUCCCCGCUCCCAAGACGUGACGGGGCCUGCUCAGCCCCUGCCCCUGGCGCUGUUGUUCACCGCCUUUUUCUUUUACGACAAAGAGAUACACGCGUCAGAGCUGGAGCACCUGUUGUGCGUUUUAUUUUAAAGAUUUUUUUGCUGUUGAGGUAAAAUUCACAUAACAUAAAAUUCACCAUUGUGACCAUUUGAAAGCGUACCAUCCAGGGGUACUUAGUACGUUCAUAAUGUGAAUCACCCCGAAAGGAGACCCCACGUCCAUUAGCAGCCGCCCCCCAGCCCCUCGCACCCCCUAGUUUACUCUCUGUCUGUAUGGAUUUGCCUAUUCUGGAAGUUUCACAUUAAUGGAACUAUACAAUAUCUCUGC